CCUCCACCUUCCGCCCCAACACACACUCUAACAACAUGGCCUGCAUCUGCGCUCUCAACGUUGUCGCCAAGGCUGCGACCACCGGCAACAUCAAGAUCCAGCCCGGCAAGAAGUACGCCGACAUCAAGGAGGCUGUCAAGUCUGGCGCCGUCGCUGGCUGCGCCCCCUUCCCCGAGGGUGUUGACGCCUUCGGCUUCUUCAACGGCAUCGACGCCCGCGAGGCCCAGCGCUACGCUGACGUCGAGAUCACCCACGGCCGCAUUUCCAUGCUCGCCGCGCUCGGCUUCCUCGUCGGCGAGCAGGUCGAGGGCUCCUCCUUCCUCUUCGACUCCCAGGUCACCGGCCCCGCCAUCAACCACUUCCAGCAGGUCCCCGGCCUCUUCUGGGGUCUCCUCGGCGCCACCAUCUUCACCAUCGAGGCCUCCCGCGUCCAGUACGCGUGGCAGAACCCCUUCGAUGCCGACAAGCUCUUCCUCCUCAAGACCGACUACACCCCCGGUGACUACCAGUUCGACCCCCUCAAGCUCUCCAAGGGCAAGGAUGCCGCCUGGCUCAACGACAUGAAGCUCAAGGAGAUCAACAACGGCCGCGUCGCGAUGGUCGCCAUCUCCGGCAUGGUCGCCCAGGAGCUCGUCAACGGCCUCAACCUCAUCCCCGCCGAUGAGGUCCUCGAGAUGGGCAAGGAGGGUGCCCUCCUCGCCCUCGAGAAGCAGUGCGCCGGCGCCCCCGACGAGGCUGCCUGCGCCAAGGCUUUCGAGGCUGCCGAGCGCGCCGCCGUCUUCGCCGCCGACAAGCUCUAAAUCGUCCAUCGUCAAAACCGAUGUCAAAAACGAUUAGAACUUAGUCGCUCGCGACGGCGCGCGCCGCCGCGAUUUAAUACCUGCCUGUACUUCAUUCUUUCGCGCUUAGCAACGUUAUAGCAUACUUUUUAACGUGAUGAGAGCCAUCA